AUGGCGUCCAUGCCACCUUCUGUUCGAAAUAUGUACCGUUCGUACAAGAAAAGCACCUCUGCUAUCGUUAUAUGGCUCAUAUCUUGCACCGGAGCUUCCCCCGAAGUACCCUCCUUGUCUCUCAAAGACAUGAUCAUUUCAGCUCAGACCAUCCGCGCAGCUCACACUGAGAUCCCUCCUGCUAUCUAUUGGGCGUUUCGAGAUGCAAUUCAGAAUCGAUCCGUACUUACCGAGUUCUACAAGGGUGGUGAUCUGAGCGGCCGGUGGAUGACGCUAGUAACACAUCUCACGAGUACUUCACCAACACUCAACGUGUACGGCGUUCUUGAUAUCGAGGAUUUAGAAGACUCGACCAAUGAAAAUGAGGAGCGGCGGUAUGGACCACGGCCGAUGGGGCCACACCUUGAGGACUGCUUCAGAAACCUUGGCCUUCUUGACGAAGACGGCCAGGGUCGCUGUAUUUCGGGGGAUGUUUUGAAGAAAUACUUCGACGUGAUCGAAUUCUAUGACUACAUGCUGGAGUUCGACGACACCUUCUCUGCGAUACACCACUAUUGGAAACUAUGUGACUCAGGUCCUUUGCAACUAGUCAUCACAGCGUGGCUCACGAACAUCGCCUACAAAAUGGUCAAGACCAUAUGCUACGGGGGCCACGGUUACUUUACUAUUCACAACCACGAACAGUUCCUUCGUCGGCGCGCUGAUUGGUUAUCCUCCAAUGAUCGAUCAAAGCUCGGCUUGGUCGAUCACGAAGGCGCAAGCAGAGAGACAUUCCGCGACGGAUCUGGAUUCAUUGACGCGUGGGGCGUGCUACAGACAUUUCUGCACACCAAGCGUCUUGCUCCUCGAGACUCAAGAACCCCCAAAUUUGAGAGCCCUCGAGUCAUGGUUCCACUUCCGGGCUCACAAAAUGAACCUGAGGCUGCUUCUGAUUGCAUGUUCUCCUUGAUUCGGAGCAUACAUGAACUUGCGAAAGUUCACAAGCCAAAUCAGCACAUGAUGAAGAGUUGGGAGGAAUGGACAAGUGGGCAAAUUGAGCUCGAUCUGCUUCCAAAAGGUUUCGACGACUGGAUCUACAAAUUGUUCCCUACUGGUUUCAACCCCCUACAAACCGACAUUCGAGAUUACCUUGCUGAUCCAAGCUCGGACGGAACCGACAUUGUAUUUGUUAUCCAGCUCUGGCUUAAAACCUUCAGCACCUACCUUAGUUUCAAGGAAAAACAACCUGCAGUUGGGGCGUUCGCGGAAGCCCUUAAUGCCUACACCUCCGACAAUAGGUUUGAUCUCUACUACCGCUCGCCUUGGGUCGCUGGAACGCACAUCUCUGAGAUACUCGGAGACGCAUUCAGCAAUGGUCUGCCAAUGGUCAUCCACGACGGCACCGUCUGUGCGGUCUUGCACCUCUACAAUAUGUUUAUCCAGCUCAACUUGGUUGAUGCCAAAGAUUUCCAGCUCCUCGAACUGUUAUGUUCGUCCCUCGACGAUAUUGCGUCUCUGGGCAAACGCCCUCAUGGAAAUUUCAUGGAUCAUCUCAGAACUUGCGUCACUCGUGGAGCGGUUACGAAAAAGCCUGGCCGCGGAGAACGCUGGCUCUUGCCGGGCCAAAUUCCAUCUCACGGCGACCACGCGGUUCACAGCAUCUCAACACAGUUCUCAAGCUUCUUGCACAUUCUCAGAUCGAAGUACCGCGUAACCCCACGAGCCUCAUGCCAGUUAUACGGGGAAGGCACAUCGUCGAGAUGCGAGAAACGAGCACAGGGACGAUGGAAAGCGGAGAUGUCGGACGCGCCUGACGUCCAUCUAACGGACAGUCCUUCGCGAACCCUGGAGUACCUCCAUGGCCUUGUCGAAACCGAGUUCUUCUUUGGCGAUUUCCCAAUGCUUCGCACGAACUGGUACGCAGUCUACCUUAUGUGUGCGAAGACUCUAAAGCGGAUAUGCGAGCUGGGGAUUCCAAUUGGAUUCUGGAGAGGCUGUGACAUGCAUGGGCUUGCUUGCCCUGACGGUGCGAGGCUGGGAGUGCAUCUAGUCGCCUUUCUUGCGGAGCUUGUGGAUAUUUCUAAAGAGGGCUUUGGCGGAGGCACACGCCCCUUACGACAAUUGAAGGAUAUUGAUCGGAUACAAGUUGCAUAG